AUGGCGUCGCGUUUCUUCUACGGCAGCGGCAGCGACAGCGACAGCUCGUCUGACGAGGAGGAGGAGGUCUACCGUUCCGGCUCCGGCAGCGAGGAAGAUUCUGACCAGGAUGACUCCGACUCCGGCUCCAGCACCGACAGCGACGAGGAGGGUGAUGAGGGCCGCACCGGUGCCUCUAAGUUCUUGCACGAUGACUCCGAAAGCGAGGAGAGUGAGGAGGAGGAGAAGGUUACAGUCGUCAAGUCCGCUAAGGACAAGCGCAUCGAGGGCAUUGAGAGCACCAUCCGUCUGAUUGACAACGCCGAGAAGAUCAACGACUGGGCUGUUAUCGCCACUGAGUUCGACAACCUGAACCGCCAGAUGCUGAAGGUUACUGGGCCUACACCCAAGGUCUACAUUCAGGCCGUUGCCGAGCUCGAAGACUUCACCAACGAGACCGCUUCUAAGCAGAAGGCCUCGAACAAGAAGAUGAACGCUAGCAACAGCAAGGGCUUCAACGCGGUCAAGCAGAAGAUUAAGAAGAACAACAAGGAAUACGCCACCCUGGUCGAGAAGUACCGCGCCGAUAAGGAUGCCUUCAUGGCGGACAAGGUUGAGGAGAAGCCCGCCCCUGCUCCUGCUCCCAAGCCCACCAAGAUUGAGAAGAUCGAGAACUUCGCUGCCGCCGCUGCUGCUGAGGAUGAUGGAUUCGCUACUGUCGGACGUGGUGGCAAGACCCUACAGUACACCCCCGAGAGCAUCCUCAAGCACCUCCGUGUCAUUGUUGAGUCCCGCGGAAAGAAGAACACCGACCGUGCCGACCAGAUCCGCACCAUGCAGAAGCUCAUCGAGGUUGCCACUACUCCUUACCAACGCAUCCGCACCUACAUGACCCUGAUCUCCACCCGCUUCGAUCUGACCGCCACAUCCGCCGCCACCUACAUGUCAAGUGAGCAAUGGCAGGCCGCAAACGAGGAAUACUCAGCUCUCCUUUCCGUGUUGGAAGAGAACCGCCAAUUCCUUGUCAGCGAAGUUGCUGACGAGUGGGAGGACGACGAGAAGCAACCUACUGUUGCUGAGGGCGAGACCUUCUUCAUUCCCGGCUCCGUCGUAUCCCUUGUUGAGCACCUCGACGACAGCCUCACAAAGGGUCUCCGCGAGAUUGAUCCCCACACCUCAGAGUACAUUGAGCGCCUCACGGAUGAGCAGGCACUUUACUCCUCGCUUGUUCGCUCGCAGCUUUACAUUGAAAGCCUCAAGGGUGCUGAUAAGAAUGGCCAGGACAGCAUGAACAGACUGGUUAUCAGACGGUUGGAGCACAUUUACUUCAAGCCCGCUAAUGUCAUCGCUAUUGUCGAGCAGGCUAAGGACAAGGCAGUUCCCACAAAUAUCGAGUCAGCAGUUACUGCUACCUAUAAGUCUGGGGAUAUCCAGAGCCUCGUGGCUUCUAUCUGCAACUACAUGUUCGAACACAGCGACGGCAUUCCUCGCGCUCGCGCUAUGCUCUGCCAAAUUUACUUCCUUGCUCUGCACGACCAAUACUACAAGUCUCGUGACUUGAUGCUCAUGUCUCAUCUGACUGAAAACAUCGCCACUUUCGACGUCAGCACCCAGAUCCUCUUCAACCGCACCCUUGUUCAGAUCGGCCUCUGUGCAUUCCGCGCUGGCCUCAUCUACGAGGCCCAGAACACCCUUGGUGAGAUCUGUGGCAGCGGCCGCCAAAAGGAGCUUCUUGCCCAGGGUAUCAUCAUGCAGCGUUACUCCACUGUUUCGCCCGAGCAGGAGCGUCUGGAACGCCAGCGCCAGCUGCCCUUCCACAUGCACAUCAACCUCGAGCUGCUCGAGUGUGUUUACCUCACCAGCAGUGCUUUGCUUGAGGUGCCUUUGAUGGCCCAGACCUCCUCCACCCCCGAGCUUCGCCGCCGCAUGAUCUCCAAGACCUUCCGCCGCAUGUUGGACUACAAUGAGCGCCAGGUCUUCACCGGUCCCCCCGAGAACACCCGCGACGGUGUUAUUGCCGGAGCCAAGGCUCUUGCCGCUGGUGACUGGAAGCUUUCCGCCUCUACAUUCGCCGCGAUCAAGAUCUGGGACCUCAUGCCCCAGCCCGAGUUGAUCAAGGCCAUGCUGUCCCGCCAGACCCAAGAGGAGGGUCUGCGCACCUACCUCUUCACCUACGCCCCCUACUACGACAGCCUCUCCAUCUCUUCUCUGGCCACCAUGUUCGAACUCGAGCCCAAGAAGAUCAUCUCCAUCAUCUCCCGCAUGAUCUCGCACGAAGAGCUCGCCGCCGCUCUCGACCAGGUCAACGACGCCAUCAUCUUCCGCAAGGGCGUCGAGCUCUCCCGUCUCCAGUCCCAGAUUGUCACCCUGGCCGACAAGUCCACCAGCCUUCUCGAGUCCAACGAGAAGACCCUCGAGCAGCGUACUCAGGGCAUGGCCAAUGCCUUCCAGCGCGAACACGGUCCCGGUGCCCGUGGCGGCCGUGGUGGCCGCGGUCGUGGCGGUGGUCGUGGCGGUGCUCGCAUUCCCCAGGGCGAUCGCCGACCUGGUGGCCAGCAGUUCGGUGGUGGUGCAUUGGGCGCAGCGAUCAAGGCUUAG